AUGGCUGGUGGUCGUGGUCGUGGUGGUCGUCGUGGGCAGGUUCCGAAUGAGGAAGCUCUGCACCGUGAUCGUAGCGUUCAGGAUGUGAUGAUUGAAGAUUUGCAGAGGCAAGUUGCAGAAUUAACCCAGCGCCUUGCGGUGCAGGAAUUCGGCAAUCGUGAGAUGGAGAACUCCGAUUCCGAUUCCACCUUCGACAACCCGUAUCACAACCCCGUUCCAAACCGGGACCACCGUGGUCGGGAACGUCAUCAUGGAGCCCUCGGUUUCAAGGUAGACCUGCCCGAGUUUUCUGGCACGUUACAAGCUGAAGGUUUCGUCGAUUGGUUGAAUGAGAUAGAGUGGAUUUUUGAGUAUAAGGAAGUCCCUGAUCGCGACAAAGUGAAACUGGUCGCAAUCAAAUUAAAGGGUCGAGCAUCUGCGUGGUGGGAGCAGUUGAAGCGAUCCAGAGAGAGGCAAGGCAAGGCCAAGAUCACUGAUUGGGAGAAGAUGAAGAUCAAGAUGAAGAGUCACUUCCUCCCGUUCGGCUACACUCAAACCCUGUUUCAGCGACUUCACUCGUUGAGGCAAGGCAUGAGAUCGGUGGAUGAUUACACCGAGGAGUUCUAUCAGCUGAUCGCGCGGAAUGAUUUAUCUGAGACAGAAGAGCAGAUGGUGGCGCGGUAUUUGGGAGGAUUGCGACAGCCCCUACAAGAUGCCCUCAGCCUACACUCGCUGUGGACUGUUUCAGAGGCCUAUCAGCGUGCACUUGUUGCAGAGAAGCAGCAGAACAAGCGGCCUGUGAUUAGAAGCGAACAAAGCAACCGUCCGGUUCGGCCCCAAGAAUCCCGUCCUGUCCAGCCGCCAACACAGGGUAAUGGUAAUACUAACCCUAAUAUUAAAUGUUAUCGAUGUGGGGAACAGGGGCAUAGGGCAAGUGAAUGUAGGAAACCUGCCAGCCAGAAGGGCAAAAACCUCCUGCUUGAGGAAGACAUGGUAGAUUACACGUAUGAGGAGACUGGGGAUCCAUUGUAUGACGAAGAUGGGGAUGAAGAGGUGUUGUAUGGAGACGGCCAAGAGACUCUCGUCAUUCGUAAGAGUCUGCUGACUCCCAAGGGGGACUCUGGAGAUGAUUGGUUGAGAACCAAUAUUUUCCAUACCACCUGCACGGUGGCCGACAAAGUAUGUAAGAUGAUCAUUGAUAGUGGCAGUUGCGAGAACGUAGUGUCUGAUGAGGCUGUCCAGAAAUUGCAAUUGAAGACCGAACAUCAUCCUAAACCAUACAAGCUGUCAUGGCUCAGCAAAGGAAGUGAGGUAAAAGUAGAUAGACGAUGCCUAGUAUCUUUUUCUGUAGGCAAGAAGUAUUUUGACAAUGCUUGGUGUGAUGUAGUAGCUAUGGACGCUUGUCAUAUACUAUUAGGCAGACCUUGGCAGUACGAUCGCAAUGUGGUGCAUGAUGGCAGGAAGAAUACCUAUUCCCUUAGCAUCAAAGGGCAGAAGAUUGUGUUAGCACCUCGUCGGGAUGGAGCCAAUCCUACCCAGGUAGCCGAUAAUACUAACCUGCUUUCUUUGUCCAGGUUCUUAGUCGAAGUUGAGCGUGAAGACAAAAUUUAUGCGUUACUGCCUUGUGGGAAUAGUGUAGUGGACGAGGCGCCAGAAUUACCACCAGAAGUGCAGCGGCUGCUAUCAGAAUUUUCUGACCUCAUGCCAGAAGAUUUUCCUCCCGGACUACCACCGAUGCGAGACAUCCAGCAUCAGAUUGACCUGAUUCCUGGGUCGAUUUUGCCGAAUAGGCCAGCCUAUCGCCUCAGUCCCAAGGAAGCGGAAGAGUUGCAACGGCAAGUGGUAGAGUUGUUGGAGCGGGGCUACAUCCGUGAGAGUAUGAGUCCAUGUGCCGUUCCUGCCCUGUUGGUACCAAAGAAAGAUGGUUCAUGGCGCAUGUGCGUUGAUAGCAGAGCCAUCAACCGGAUCACCGUAAAAUACCGGUUCCCAAUUCCUCGCUUGGAUGAUAUGUUGGAUCAAUUAGCCGGUUCUCGGGUCUUCUCCAAAAUUGAUCUUAAAAGCGGCUACCACCAGAUUAGAAUAAGGCCUGGAGAUGAGUGGAAGACGGCGUUCAAGACGCAGCAUGGAUUGUACGAGUGGUUGGUGAUGCCUUUUGGGUUGUCCAAUGCACCCAGUACUUUUAUGAGGUUCAUGCAUCAGGUUCUGCGGCCUUUUAUGGGGAAGUUCGUCGUGGUGUACUUCGACGAUAUCCUCAUCUAUAGUCCCACUUGGACAUCACAUUUUGAGCACCUCCGUGCUGUUUUCAGUACGUUGAGAACAGAACGCCUCUUCGUUAAUCGGAAGAAGUGUUCUUUCUUCACUACUUCGGUAACCUUUCUUGGUUUUGUUGUAUCUACUGAUGGUGUCCAUGCAGAUCAAUCCAAGAUAGAUGCCGUUUUGGAGUGGCCCCAGCCAAAGACCCUACACGACGUGAGGAGUUUCCAUGGGUUGGCGUCCUUUUACCGCCGAUUCAUCAGGAAUUUCAGCACCCUGAUUGCUCCCAUCACAGAGUGCCUCAAGGGUCGUGAGUUCCAGUGGUCUGAGGAGGCAGAGAUCAGUUUCCAACUGGUCAAACAGAAGAUGACCGAGGCACCAGUUUUGGCACUCCCUGACUUUGAGAAGGUGUUCGAAUUAAACUGCGACGCAUCUGGAGUUGGCAUUGGAGGCGUCCUCAGUCAGGAGGGGCGUCCCAUAGCUUUUUUCAGUGAGAAGCUAUCAGGAUCAAAGAAGAAUUACUCCACCUACGACCUGGAGUUUUAUGCCAUCGUUCAGUCUCUGAAGCAUUGGCGUCACUAUCUAGUCCACAAGGAGUUUAUCCUUAUUACCGAUCAUGAGGCUCUGAAGUACAUCAAUGGUCAACACAAGCUGAGUAGGCGACACGCCAAGUGGUGGCAUACUUACAGGAAUUUACCUUUGCACUAA